AUGGAUACCCCGUUUAUCAUUACAUUCAAUGUCAGACCCUCAGCAUAUCCUUUACUCGAUCCUCUUGCCCUCGGAAGAAGUGGUGAACGAAAAGUAGCCUGUCUUUUCGAGCCUUUCAACCAAGACGGGACCGAGAGCAGUGGCAGGGGUCAGGAUCCCCCCAUGUCGUGCCAUAGGAGGUAA